ACAUCUCAGAGCGAGAGCUCGCGCUGAAAACCACAGUGGCGAGGUGUGCAGUCACACACGCACGCGCGCCGCAUAAAGGUUAAAAAGCAAGCGCGAGCUCCUGUGGCAGGUUUGCGUUUAAAAAGAAAAAAAGGGGGAAAAAAAGGGAGGCAGACCUUAAGAGUUGCAUGGUGUUAUUUUCUGUGUAAGAAGCCUUCGUUACAGACAACCAUUCUACAUUACUUAUUUAAUUUUUGUUUUUUUUGUACGUUUUGUUUUUGACACGAGGGGCUGCGCGCGCGGAAAAUCACACGCAGGUGUCACCGUUUGUAGCUAAUUUAUUAGAAUUAUUAUUAUUAUUAUUAUUAUUAUUUAUCUCAGCGUUGGCGUCGUGUACUAUUUUGUUUUAAACUCUGGUUAGAAGCCUGGGCCGUAUGCGUUUUUGGAUUUCUAAAGGAGACGGGAACCAAAAAACAGACGAGCAAAACCAAAUCAUUAUUAUCAGGAGGAGACUGUCAGUUAGAGCUCCAUAAGGUGGUGCACAGCGUGCUGCGGUCUCAUCAUGGCUUUCACAAUGAACCUGGCUGGCCCGUCUCCCUGGGGCUUCAGAAUAUCUGGUGGGCGGGACUUCAAGAAGGCCAUAACAGUCUCCAAGGUGAACCCCGGCAGUAAAGCCGAGAAGGCCUCUCUCCAACCCGGCGACGUAAUCAUGGAAAUAAAUGGAGAAAACACCGGUGACAUGCUGAACGUAGAGGCACAAAACAAAAUCAAGAACUCCACAACACGACUGCAGCUGCUAGUGGAGAGGCCAGCCCCUUCGAGUCCAGGUCAAACCAACGGGAUCAGUUCCACAGAGCAACUGGUGGGCCGUUUCAAGGAAACCCUGCAUGUGAGGGAUGAGAACCAGAACUACAGAGAGUACUCCAUCUCCAGCCCCAAAUCUUUCUCUCCAGGCCCAUACUCUCCAGAGCCACCCUCCAGCCCUGAACGUAAGGGGGACAGGAUCAUGCCCACCACGAAGAGCCCAGUGUUCCACUCCUGGACUCCUGAAGAGAAAAUCACCAGUAACCGACUGUCCAGGCCACUUUCCCAGGAGUUUUCCCCGGCGGACUUCCGCAGCAACUCUGCGUCCAGUCGAACUCCGACGCCUCCUGAACGCUACUCGCCACACAGUCCGAUGGAGCGCGAGAUACCCGUCUCCCCCCGCCGCAACAGCUCGGACUUUGCGAUGCAGCGGUUCGAUCGUGAAUCGGAGGUGUACAAGAUGAUCCAGGAGAACAAGGAGUCCCGCGCAGCUCCUCGCCAGUCCAACACCUUCAAAAUGCUGCAAGAGGUGUUGGAGGCGGAUGAGAAAGAGGCUGCUCUCAGGUUUCCAGGGAAGCUGUCGCCGAACCCACCGAAGCCUGUGUCGCCUGUCGCUGGAGUGCAGAAAUACCACAUCUGUGAAAAAUGUGGCAACAACAUCGUCACCCAGGCGGUGAGGAUCGUGGACGAGCGUUUCCGCCACCCCGAGUGCUACACGUGCACAGACUGCGGCCUCAACCUGAAGAUGCGCGGCCACUUCUGGGUGGAAAACGAGCUGUUCUGCGAGAAGCAUGCACGCGAACGCUAUCAGGGGCCCGGUGCGGGCUACCGCUACCACGUCUCCCCUCAGCACUGAGUCCUGCGCUCCCUCACUCAUUACAGCACAGAGAGCACAGCGGACUCUGAGAAACCUGCUUAGAACACACAGCUCGAAUUUUUUUGCUUUAGAGGAAGACCCCGCCCUCUACCUCUUCAGCUGUAUGUGAAGCGUGCUAGCUGUUGACUCUGGGAGGGGACGAGGGGGUGUAUAAACCAGUACAGCGAGUAUCCUACACUUUAAACCAUGCCUGCCAGUUCUUCACAUUGUAUUAGGCUUUUUGUUUCCGUAUACAUUAUCUCAUUCCCACGGAUUCAUGUAAACGUCUUUCUAUGUUCGGUUGGGUUUCACGAAAAUGUACGAACUCGGGAUCUGCUUCAUGCGAUAAUAAUCAUCAUUUAAAAAAAAAAAAAAAAAAAAUGUAUAGUUCACACGGGACUGGUUUCCAUUGUGUGUUUGUGUGCGUAAGUUUAACGUAGCCUACGUUUUUGAGCGAUUUAUCAGUUGAAAGUAUUUUGCCCGUUCAUAUAUAAUAUACAGAAACACGCAUACAAACACACGUUCUUGUAUAAGCACAUCCAUUUAACUCAGGGCUGCUCGAACAGUGGCCCAAAACGAUCAACAGAAACCGGCAGCAGUCGUAUGCACGGAUCACAUUCCAGCCCAUUGACUUGACUUAUUUUUAAAAUGUUUUGGGCAGCCCUGAUGUAUCACUUUUUCAUUUACUUUUUUUUUUUUUUUUUUCCCCAUCUACAAGGGAAAUGUAUAUCAAAGCAAUACUAGUAAUAACAUAUUUGUGUAAAUAUCAGUGUUUUUCUCUUCCAGUGGUUAAAUAUAUAGAGAAUGAUGGUGGACAGGGUUGUAUGUGUGUGUUUCCAUGCAUGUCAGAAUUGACAUAGGGUACACAUCACUUUGAUGAUAUGACCAAAGUGAGAGAAUGAAUAUAAAGCUAGUUUUUUUUUUUUUGUUUGUUUGUUUUUGUUUUUUAAAUACUGGCCUUCACACAAGUGACACAUUUCCAUACACGCAGAACUCCACCACUGGUGACUUUGUUUGAUGGAUGACUUCUGAUAAAAAAACGAUGGUGUGAAUUAUAAUGUUGGCUGUGCUUUCCUCACCUGUUUUUCUUUUUCAAAUAUAAAACUUACUGAUGUAAA